AUGACUGCAUUACCACCCGGUAGCAACGGGCCCUCUAUCACAACUUCUAGCCCUUCAACACAACUAUUAUUCUUCGACACUCUAACAGCUAAUUCUACCAGCCUUGAAGAUCUGCCAACAGAAUGUAUAAGAUUUCACCAGCGCGUUGUCUUGUCAGAGAUUAACAUAGUUCCCAAAAACUUCAAACCGUUUCAAAAUACACGCAAGAGUAAUUUUGUUGGACAAACCUCACCACCAAAGUUUGAUCUACACCUCCUAAUUCACAAAACUUUGACAGCUGAACAGCCAAAGUCGCAGGAUAAACGUUCUGUUAACUUACCCUUACACCCGUUAACAAUAUCCUAUGAUGAACGACGAGGAUUUCAGAGUUACGACGCAACCACGCGUUUUAUCAUUCUCAGGGGCGAUUAUCAGGCAGUGACAUUGUGUAUAUAUGGUCGAGUGUUGGAAAGUGCCAAGACACUGAAUACAAAGAGUAAAGACACGACUGUCUCUAUUGAGCUACCAAUAUCUUCUCAGAGAAUGGACCUGUUGCAGAAAUGGAGAAAUAACGGAGAAAUUAUAGUGUACUCCAUAUCACCUGAUGAAAAUCUCUCAACUCGAACGUUGAGAUGUUUCUUGGAAGAUGACUAUCAGAUUUCUUGGAAAUGUUUGCAAACAUAUACGCAACAAGCCAAAUCUUUGAUUGACAUUUUGGAUAGAGAUGAUUUUGAUCAAAUGGACAUUGAAGAUUCUUAUAUAAAAAACAGUAGAUAUAAUUUAACAGAGUUAUUGAGUUCGAUUGCUGAUGUGAUAGUGGAGGGAUGUGUAUGGGCCCUGAAUCAUGAAGAACCGUAUGUUGAUGUAUUAAAUAUCACUGAAAAGGCUAUAUUGUUUGGAUGCGAUUUGCCAUCUGGAAAGUCGUCGGUCAAAUGCAUGGAAAGUAGCCUUGCGGUGUUUAGGAAGCUAUGUAGCUGUGGCAGUAAUAUUGUUGAAUCAUCGUUGAUAUGGAGAUGUGUUAAUAGAAUAGUGGAACUACUGAGCGAAUCUAAUAUUUCAACGUAUGUUCAAUCGAUUAUACUGAGAAACUUGUUAGAAUGUAUGGACGAUUCGCGAGUCGUUGAUAGACUACUUGGAUGGAGUAAUGGUGAUAAUGGUUCUAAUGAGGGUGAUGUAUUAUACCAUAAGCAUAUUGUAAAUAUUCUGUAUAUUCCUGAUCGUCCUACUCGAGUGUUGUAUUUAGUACAUGAUAUAGUACGCAAAGUAGGUUCUUAUGAAGCCUGCGCCUGCAUAAAGAAGAUAGCUGAAGAUGAAGAUCGCGUCAAUUCAAAAUUUCAGAAGGGAAAAGUUAAACUGGAAAGACGCAAAUCGGCUAAUUCGGUAGUGGAUGAAGGAGAGACACCGGAUACUGCAGAUAAUACUCCAAUGAUGAUUGAUCAAGAGAGAGCUGAAAAUGACAGAGGAGACGUUGACACGGUAGUCAACGUUUUAUGUGAAAAACUGAAGAUAAUAUAUAAAGCAGUACUUUAUCAUACUGCUUUGAAGCCGAGAGAAGACAGUUCAGACCGCCCGUCCGCAUUCAGUUUCCAGUAUCUCACUAUCACGGGCUUAUUUUCGUCAAUAACAACUAUUAUAUCAUCCGAACGCUUUAAAUCAUCGUCCAAAUAUGAUGUACUGAUCAGUUAUAUCGGGAGAGUUUGCGUGGCAUUGAUGGGAACUCACAGCGGAAUGGUUUAUUUGGCCAAACAAUUGCAAGAAGUGAUACCGCCGCAUAAUGAGAGAAUGAUUGCUGUAUGGAUGAGUCAACUACAUCAUCUAAGUGAAGAUUCGUCUGCGCACUAUGAAGAUAGUUCGGAAGCAUCCGUCCCUAAUACGCCAUCUACUACUACCGAGAGAUGGAACAAUAAUCAGGAUAUAAGAGAUACCUUAGGUAUAGCUGAUUUAUGGUGUGGACAUUGGCAGACGUCAACCGCGACAGAUUCUCCGGAUGCAAAGUUGUGGAACAAUUGGAGCGGAUAA